AUGGUUUUCUUGUUAGCUGGGGAACUGGGUACUCGACACAAUGACGACCUCGAUGCUUCAAUCAUUUUGAUCCCCACCUUCAAACAUUGGUACGCGUAUCAGCUCGUGUACCCAUGGGCACUAUUCUUCGUCAAAGCUAGCAUCCUGGCCCUCUACCAUCGAAUCUUCACCCAAACCAAGUUUCGCUAUACCGUGUACGGUGUAGCCGCCUUUGUUGCUGUCCAGACAAUCGUUGUCACAUUCGUCAACGCCUUCGAGUGCGGAAAAGAGCCAUGGAGGGCCUGGUCCCCCACCUUUCCGAAGGGAUGUAACGAUCUAGCCAAGACAUAUUUCUCGAUGGCUUCGGUCAACAUCCUCACCGAUAUCUUCAUCUUGGUUAUGCCGAUGCGCGCUUUUGGACAGCUGAAGCUCCAACGAACCAAGCGAUUUGCGCUCCUCGGUGUGUUCAUGGUCGGCGGCGUAGCGGUGAUUGCCUCUAUCGUUCGACUGUACGCUCUCUAUGUGUACGCUGUAACGGAUGAUCCACCAUAUGAUGAUGUGUUCAUCCUCUUGCUCUCGCAAAUCGAAGUGAACGCAGCCAUCAUAUCUGCUUCCGCCCCAGCGCUCCGACCUCUUCUUACCAAGGCAUUCGCAUCCUCAUCUCACAACUCAUCCGGCCAAUAUCCAGUGAAGACUACUUGGGAGAUUCUAUACAUGGAGGGCAUGGUAGACAUGGGGAAACCCAAGGGUAUGAUGGUGUGA